GUGAUGCCAGCGCCCUGGCGGGUGCUUUCGGCCUGAUGAACCUUUUCGCAAGAUCUCUGGGAGGGAUCAGCAGCGACAUCUGCUACAAGUACUUCGGCUUCCGCGGCCGGAUUUGGGCUCAGUUCCUGGCACUCUUCUUCGAAGCUAUCUUCCUAUUCAGCUUCGGCAACGUGGACAACUCCCAGCCUUGGUAUGUGGCCUUGGCAGUCUUGGUCUGCUUCUCGCUCUUUGUGCAGAUGGCUGAGGGCACCUCCUACGGCAUCGUGCCUUUUAUGAACAGGAAGCAGCUCGCAGUGGUGUCCGCGCUUGUGGGUGCCGGCGGAAACCUCGGGGCAGUGAUUGCAGGCUUCUGCUUUUACAAGCCGAUCCAGGAUGCCCUGCUGCCUUUCCAGGUCCAUGCGGGCUAUGUGAUGUUUUGGGCGCUGCUGAGCCCCUGCUACUACUGGUCCGAGAUGGGUGGGAUGUUCCACGGACCGGCACAGAGCUCCGAGAAGAGCAAGACGCAAAGCGGCGAGUACGAGUCUCACACGGAGUCUGAGGCCACCAGUACCAACUGCAUGUAA